AUGGCUACUACCAAGCUCACCUGGCUCAUUACGGGCUGCUCUUCUGGCUUCGGCCUUUCCUUGACCCGCGCCGCUCAGGCUGGAGGACACAAGGUCAUUGCGACAUCGCGUAACCCAUCGCACACUCCCGACCUCGUCGCCGAUAUCGAAUCCAAAGGAGGGAAAUGGGUCCAACUUGAUGUGGACAGCCGUGACUGCGGCAACGUGAUCACUAAGCUUGAAGGUAGUGGCGACCACAUCGAUGUCCUAGUCAACAACGCUGGCUUUUCUAUCUAUGCCCCUAUCGAGACGAUCGAAGAGGAGGAGGUACGAACCCAGAUGGAGACUAUGUACUUUGGUCCCUUGCGACUCAUCCGGGCUGUUCUGCCCCACAUGCGCCAGCGGAAAUCCGGCGUGAUCGUCAACAUGAGCAGCGGUGCUUCGCUUGAUGGUAUUCCCACUAUGGGUGUUUACGCAGGUGCAAAGGCUGGAAUGGAUGCUCUUAUCAAGAUCCUCGCCAAAGAGGUUGCCCCCUUCAACAUCCGCACCCUGACUGUUAUUCUCGGAACUUUCAACACCAACAUGCCCAAUUCGGUCGUUCUGGGCAAGACUCCCCUACCCGAGGACUACAAGGGAACCUUCACGGAGCAGGUCCAAGAUCUCCUAGUCAGUGGAAAGAUCCACCCUAACGGCGACAAGGACAAAGCGAUGCAGGCUGUGUACCAGGUCGUUGCUGGUGAGGGAGUUGGUGAAGGCCAUCAGACCGAGAAGCUUCUCCCUCUGGGGAGCGACAUGACCCCCGUCUCAAAGGAGUCCAGGAUUAUCUCAGCAAUGCUUUGGAAUUGUUUGGCUCUGUGA